UGUAGUGGUUUAUUCUGUUCUUGCAGAAUUUGUUUGGUUUAAACUUUGUUCGGUCAGAAAUACUGAAACAAGAAAUGCUUUUUAUUAUUUAACAGCUGAUGACUUAACAGUAGAGAGACAUUUUCUUUUUGCACAUUUUCUAUUGAAUCUUUUUAUUUAUUGAAUUUAUUUAACCUGAUGAGUCUAAAGAGAACUCAUUCUCAUUCACAACGAGGACCUGGCCCAGAGGCAGCAGCAGACAUAGUUAGCUUCACACCAAACAACAACAGAUAAAACAGUCAACGGACUGUUCUCGUAUACAACACGUACGAGCACUCAGAACAGACUAAACAGUCUUUAAUACUCAGAAGCAGGAACACUGAUCAGAAACUAUUGAUCACCAUGAAUGAUUGAAGGUAGAUAAUAGAAUGUAGGUAGGGAGCUUCGGUGGUUCUGCAGCUCAUUCCGGUCGUUGGAAGCAGCAAACUGGAAUGAGGAGCGGCCGAAGGAGGUGCGAGCUUUGGGAGUAACCGUAGUGAUGAAGUUACUGGAACAGGAACGGUGCUGGUUGUUGGGAGUGAUGAUGAUGAGGGAAGAUAUGACGGUUCUACUGAUGAUUGUUGUGUAUAUGAACUGAUACCGAUGUAACAUCCUGCAGGAAUGCUAACGGGAGAUUACAGAUCACAGUGGGUGACAGUAGCACAGGAGGUAAUCGGAAGGUUGCAGGUUCGAGCCCCGCUCGGUUUGUCGCUGUCACUGUAUCGUGUGCUCGACAGCCUCGUUUCUGUCAGUGCGCCCCAAGGCAGCUGUGGCUACAAUGUAGCUUAUCCCCACCAGCGUGUGAAUGGGUGAAUGGCUGAUUGUGUUGUAAAGCACCUUGGGGGGUUCCAGGACUCUAGAAGGUGCUAUAUCAAAUACAGACCAUUCACCGUUUGCCACCAUGAUGAGUGGUGAAAGGGGCACUAGUGACCAAACGGGUUGCUGAGUGAUGAAUGACAUCGAGUUUAUGAAGAAGUUUUUAGGUAGCGGUCCUAUAAACGAUGUCACCGUAAUCUAAGAUGGAAGGAUUGUCAUGUUGACCAAGGGUUGCUUUGCAGAAUGAGUAAAGGAUGACCUGUUGCUAUAGAAACCCAAUUCUUCACUUGACUUUAGAAAGUAAUGAAUUCAUGUGAACGUCAGAUGAAAGUGUGCGGCCAAGCCAGAUACCAGAUGACUGACGAGCUGUAGCUCUGGUAGCAUCCAGGGAAACAAUACUAGGGUGGUAAGGUGAUCGUGGUAAGUUCUGGUUGAAGAUCAUGAACUUUGUUUUACUUGUGUUUAAAUUAAGGUGAAGGUUGGAAAAGGCAUGUUUAAGAUCAUUAAAAAUGGGCCGCAAGGAGGACAAAACUGUUCAAGGAACAACUGCAUGCAUAUAAAAUGGUGUCGUCUGCAUAUAAAUGUAUAUGAGAACUGUCAACAGCAUGAACGAUGUUAUUAAUAUAGAUUCUGAAUAAGGUUGGGCCCGGUAGCGACCCUUGAGGAAGAGGAGCAGGUUGGUAACCCUCUGUUCUCACUGGCGCAUGACCUAAGAUAUAACUUCUGAACCGUACCACGGAUGCCUGAUGGAAACAGGAACUGGUUGUGGAGAGGGAAUCGUUGCAUGUAGCUGAGUCGAGGCCCGAGACCCAGAGACGGGUGAAGCUGUUGCAAAAGCAUGACCAGACUUGAUAAAGUGAUUAUUGAAAGAAUUUACCAUUUUAGUUUCAUCUGAGACAACAAUGCCAACAGAUUGGAUGCAUUUGGCGGGUGUGAGGACUUGUUGGUAUUUUCCAUAGUCUUGACAGUCUUCCAGAACUUUUUGGGGUCAGAACUACUCAUCAGAAACUGGUUCUUAUUAUUCAGAUAUAUUAUUCACAGAUAUUCUUUGAUGUCUUUGCUCUUUGCCAAGAUUGGUGUUUUAGACAAAUUCAAUUCAAUUCAAGUUUGUUUAUAAAGCACCAAAUCAUGCCAAGAGUCAUCUCAAGGACCUUCACACAGUAAACAUUCCAACACAGGUCAAUUCAUUAAGCCAAUCAGAAAAAAGUUUCCUAUAUAAGGAACCCAGCAGGUGGCUUCGAGUCACUGACUAGUGUCAGAGCAAUCCUCAUACUAAGCAAGCAUGCAGCGACAGUGGAGAGAAAAACUCCCUUUUAACAGGAAGAAACCUCCAGAGGAUCCUGGCUCAGCAGCCAUCCUCCACGACUCACUGGGGAUGGAGAAGACAGAGCAGACACACACACACACACACACACAUGCACACACACACACGCACGCGCGCACACACGCACACACACACAUGCACGCACGCACGCACACAGGUUACAUUGUGAUUUCUUAGUAAAUAUUCUAUUUGGUGAGAGAUAAACUUUAUUGUAUUUAUCCUAGUGGAUCUAUAAUUAAACGGGUAAACUAGUAGUAGCACAUCCAACGUCAAAGAGAGUAAAAAGUUAUUAUCAGGAGAGGGAGAAUGUUUAAGUGGUUAGCAGCAGUGUGCUAGACGAUGGCCCCCUCCAUGAGGCCACCACAGCUCAGCAGAACAUCGUUGUAGCUUCUUCUGGGGAGAAAAACACUUAGAGAGAAAAUAAAGUUAACAGCUGAAAUAGCAGAAAAUAAUACAGUUAAAGAGCAGAUAGUAGAAGAAAGUAGUAGAGUGUGAAAAGUGGUCAGUGUAUCCUCCAGCAGUCUAAGCCUAUAGCAGCAUAACUACAGAGAAAACUCUGGAUAAUCUAUCCUAUUUAGUUGGAGGCAUGUUGGAGGCAGGGCAAGGGAGAGCCGUCUUUACCGACUGUAUACUCCACCUCCCUCUACUCCCCCACUUGUCCAGAUCUAGGCUAACAUCAGAUUUUAACCAUAGGCCCUAUCAAAUAAAAAUGUUUUAAGCCUAGUCUUAAAAGUAGACAAGAUGUCUGCCUCACGGACUAAAGCUGGGAGCUGGUUCCACUGGAGAGGAGCCUGAUAGCUAAAAGAUCUGCCUCCCAUCCUAAUUUUAGAUAUUCUGGGAACCACCAGUAGACCUGCAGUCUGAGAGCGAAGUGCUCGGUUAGGAACAUAUGGAACAAUCAGAUGUAUGUAUGUUGGAGCUUGAUUAUUAAGAGCUUUAUAUGUGAGAAGAAGGAUCUUAAAAUCUAUUCUGAAUUUAACAGGUAGCCAAUGUAGGGAAGCUAAGACAGGAGAGAUAUGAUCUCUCUUUUUAAUUCUCAUCAGAACUCUAGCUGCAGCAUUUUGGACAAGCUGAAGACUUUUAACUACAUUCUGUGGACUUCCUGAGAGUAAUGAAUUACAGUAAUCCAGUCUUGAUGUAAUAAAUGCAUGAACUAGUUUUUCAGCAUCACUCCUGGAAAUGAUGCUUCUAAUCUUAGCAAUAUUCCGAAGGUGGAAAAAGGAAAUCCUACAAACCUGUUUAACCUGGGAUUUGAAUGACUUGUCCUGGUCAAAGACAACACCCAGGUUCCUUACUUUGUUCUCGGAGAUUAAUGUAAUGCCAUUCAGGUCAGAUGAUUGGCUAAGCAAUUUCCUUUUCUGGAUUUCUGGUCCAAAGAUGAGAAUUUCCGUCUUGUCUUGAUUUAAAAGCAAAAAGUUUAGAGUCAUCCAAUUUUUAAUGUCCUCAAGACAAGCCUGUAAUCUACCCAACCGAUUAGGUUCAUCAGGGUUAAUGGAUAAAUAUAACUGACUAUCGUCAGCAUAACAGUGGAAGUUUGUCCACAGGAAUCAGUUCUGACAGCUCAGUGUUGAUCCAGGGACUUAAACCAUUUGUCUCCGGUAACGUAGCAGCUUCCUGAUACAAAUUCUGGUUGAUUCCAGUUCAUCUAAGAACUGUGAUUAAUGUAUUCUAAAAUCGGAGCUCAUCAAGGACCCAGAAAAACGUUGGAUCUUUUAUUUCUGCUUGUGGAGCAGCCACGGAUCAGGAUGCCGGACCCGUGGAUAAACUGAGCGAUUCCGACCAGCAGGUGAGACGUGGACUUGUCUCUAAAAUGCUUCAUCUUCCACAUUUUGUGCCCAUUUGUUGUUGUACCACUUAUGGCCACCAGGUGGUGGUAAGUGCUCAUCAAAACUGACGAGGUCUUUCAUUGUUCACAUCUAGUAAUUCCCCUUCUUGUUCUCAGUAUGUUAUCAAUGACCCUGAUCAGAGAUGAACACAGACGUAGACGGGCUCGUCCUCUGAAUAAACACCGAUGUCUGCUGGGCUCUUAGGGGAAUUCUGGGCUCCUAGUUUCCCACGUUGAAUAACUAAUUCUUUAUAAACAACAAUAGACAACCAAUGGAAACGCACACAGAGCAGAAAUCCCCAACCCAAACACCGCUUUGGCCGUUUGCUGUCUUUACUUCCCCGUUGAAUCAUCCUUCAGACAGGACUCACGGUUUGUUUUAGUCUCUUCUUCCUUUUCAAAAUACACAAUCCAACCUCUAAAACAGCAUUCAGACUUGGGACGGCACCACACAGCCCUACCCUGAUGGAGCUCCAUCCCUUGAAACUCACAACUCUAUUUUUAGACCUGCUGGUCUCUCACUUCUCUGGCCUGGCAGGCGCACACCUUCACAGCCACCAGGUAAAUGUGGCAUUCAGCUGGUGAGGCACUUGUGCCAUGGCGGGCUUUGUUGCUGCCUCUGUAGACCGGGUCAUGAAGGAGCUGGACCAGAUCAAGUCCGUUCAUAUUCGGCUUGUUGGUUCCUAAAGUGGACUGAAGCAAGGCACCAGAGGCGUUUAACAGCAGAUGUUUUGCACUGCAGCCGUUAGCUUCAUUUCCUGGGCGGAGAGCUUCUCGCUCUAUUAGACGACUAACAGGAACAAGAAAAAAAAGAAGAGUUAGAGGGGGGCGGGUGUGCGAGUUAUCUGAGCCUAGAGCUCCCCACAAGUCACUUGGUGAACAGCAAGCUCUGACAGGCAGCAGCAGAGACGAAGCGGGAGUCCAGGAGAGAGCCGGAGCUGGGGAGGGCAGAAACAAGGUGAUACCGAUGGAUGGGUAGAGGGGGAGAAGAGGAUAAACACAGGACUGCUGUCCAGUUCCCCAAAGAGCACAGGCUGAUCGGGACACUUCCUUCUGCUACUGCUGGUCUGGAUGGUUCCUCUCACGUGAAGAGAAGGUGUGUGAGGUUUCUUGAGUCUGACAUUUUAAAGCUUUGAUAGCAGGCGCCGGCUUUAUCCCUGAUUUGGUACAAAGGGAGAUUGGACUUCUGCGUUGUCAUGUUUGAGAAUGAGGCAGCUGGUGGCGUGAGUCGGAGGUGUUGAAAGUAGUUUCUGCUUUGAUGCAGCUGCGCAAAGAUCACAUGUUGUUAUUGGUAAAAAGAAAAGGUAGUCAGAGUCGAGGACAGAUCAGGUUUUCCACACGCUUCUCUGUUGGAGAGGUUUGGGACUGUUACAGGUACUAUUUUUAAGUUCAGCUGCACAUCCUGUUUCCUGCUGGAGACCCGCCGUAGUCCUUUCGUCCAAUCACACUUAAACUAGGAAUAAUUACAGAUCAGAAGCUUGAUUUUGUCUGGAUGGUGUGUUUGGUGUAGUUCUGGAGGACCUUGUGGUUCAAACAGAACAGGAAGCGGUGACAGGUUAAACGCCCAAGGCCUAGAAAAUAAGAGUUGUGUUUGCCAGCACCAGUCAUCGUUUUGCUGAUUGGGCCACAGCUUGCCUGCAGGGACGUGUAAUAAGAGAGUGCUGGUCGUGCAGAAGCGGGCGGACACGUGGAGACACAUAAACUGGCUCAGAAUUGAACGUUGCAGGUGGAGGCGUGGAAAUCUCAGGUUAUUUCUGGACCGAUCAGCUCUAGAAGACAUCUGUAGCGCGAUGGGCCGGUUCUAGUGCUCUGGGGCAUCGUGGGACAUCAGAGGCUGGACACGUUUAGGUUCUGCCCACGCUGAGUUAGGUGGUUUCACAGCAGAGGCACCUGUAGUUGGGUACUCUCUGGACUCUCCACACUGCUGCAGUUGUGUGUAAACACCUUGCGUCAGUCACACCUCUUCACUGGGUGAUUCACCAAGCACCCCCCGGCUGGCACAGACAGAAAAGGUGAGGGAGAAUUUACUCAGAACCAGAGUGCAGAGAGCGGCGCUGAGCUGUCGAGCUGUCAGGAUGAAGCUGGGAUUCCUGCUGCUGAUGGCGCUGCACAUGCUGAGCAGCGUGAACAGCAUGUCCACCUGUAAGACUCUGGACCUGGAGAUAGUGAGGCAAAAACGCAUCGAGGCUAUCCGGAGCCAAAUCCUCAGCAAACUUCGCCUGCCUAAAGCCCCUGAGCCAGAUGAGUCUGGAAACAAGGAGGAGAUCCCGUCCUCCCUGCUCUCGCUCUACAACAGCACCAAGGACAUGCUGAAGGAGCAGCAGAUCGAGGUCCAGAAAACCAUCUCACUAGAACAAGAGGAGGAGGAGUACUUCGCCAAGGUGCUGAACAAGUUCAACAUAACCAGUAAAAAUCAUACGGACAACUCCAAAACGCUGUUCUUCAACACCUCCUCCAUAAAGACCAGCGUGGGGGAUGCGAGCCUGCUGACGAGCGCAGAGCUGCGGAUGCUCAUCAAGAACCCCAGGAUCGCCUCCGAGCAGCGGGUGGAGUUGUACUACAGCUCGGGAUCCUCCGUUCGUUACCACACCUCCCGCUUCAUCACCAACUCACUCAGAGACAAGUGGCUCUCCUUUGACGUCACUGAACCCCUGCAGAGGUGGCUCCAGGAGCCAGAGGACGAGCAGAGCUUUCAGCUGCGUGUCUUCUGUGAAUGCGGCCAGCCCAGCAGCAGCUUCAGCUUUUCCAUCUCUGGGACAGAAAACAGCAGAGGAGACACGGCAAUUCUGAAGUCGAUGACGGAGCAGCCGCCCUACAUCCUGACCAUGUCCAUCCCCCAGAACAUGAGCAGCCACGUCACCUCACGCAAGAAACGGUCCACCUCCGACCAGGAAACCUGCACAGCCCAAACGGAGGCCUGCUGCGUCCGAAGCCUCUACAUUGACUUCAGGAAGGACCUGGGCUGGAAGUGGAUCCAUAAGCCCACGGGCUACCACGCUAACUACUGCAUGGGCUCCUGCACUUACAUCUGGAAUGCUGAGAACAAAUAUUCCCAGAUCUUAGCUCUGUAUAAGCAUCACAACCCCGGAGCGUCGGCCCAGCCGUGCUGCGUCCCGCAGACCCUGGAGCCUCUACCGAUCCUCUACUACGUGGGCCGGCAGCACAGGGUGGACCAGCUGUCCAACAUGAUCGUGAAGUCCUGCAAGUGUAGCUAAAGAUGCACCAAAGCAGCGCACAGCCUCUUCUGUAAACAGACGGGACGGAGGACGUUUGCUCUGGUCCUACAGAAGGGACGUGUGGACAAAGUGGGACAAAAGUCAUUUUAAACGGAUCUCCAACUUUUCUUCUGCAUGCUCAACCCCGAUCACGGUGGAUGCGUAUAAAACCACGGACCUUCUCCUGUAAACGAUGUUGGUGAUAGUUGUUUUGUUCAUGUUACCAAAUAUCUGCCUGAAAAUAAUUUAUUUGUUUAACGGACAGAUGAGACAUCAAACUCAGUUUGAUACAGAAGACUGAAACAAGUUCUUAUCAUUAAAAGGACACGAGGACCAAAAUGGCCUUGAUGGAAGAACUUGUGAGAUCCUUUCUGCUUCCUAAGGAGCCGUUAGAUAAACGCCAUGAAUCCCACUGUGGUUGAGUUGGGUUUUCCUAGGAGAACGUGCUGCAGGUGCUUCAGGACUAAAGACAGAAGAAGAAAAGAGCCAGAGGAACUGUCCAACUCGGGAAAAGUCGCUUCGACUGAACGCCUGGACACCGCACGUUUGUGUGUUCUUUUUACUUCCUGGUUGGUGACAUCAGCUGUGGUGGUGACACCAGCCAGCAUGUGAACUUCGGAUGUUGGUCCUAGGGAAACCAUUAAGGCUUUCCAACCAUCGCCACAGGAAACGACUGCCUUAUCCUUCACCCACUCUGACACAGAGGCUUUCGUUUAAUCUCAGAUGCUGUUUUAUUCCAGAUUUGACUCCACAACUCACUUCAGCAAUAAAAUCCACACAUUUUGUAAGUUUUUCUAUUUUUGUAGCACUGAAAUGUGUUUGUAAAUAAUAAAAAUGAUAAAAUAAACUUAAAUUAUGGCAUCAGUGUGGAAAAA